UAAAGAUGACAUCAAGUCCAGUGGUUCCAUGGAGAUGACUUCAUCGGCAUUCCUGUAGAUGUUUCGUUGAUUCUAACAUCCAUGAAAGAUAUAUAAAGAUGUGCCAUAUCUUAAGAAUGGGUUGCAUAACACAUUUCGUGUUUUAUACUUGCUGUAUAUAUCAGGCUGUUGCAGCUAAACAAUGUGAAUGGACUGUAAAACAGAAUAAUACCGAGCAGAAAAUCCCGUGUCAACAGUACCGCCAAAGCUAUUGUGAAAUAGGAAGUAGACAUAGGUUACCAGUUCCAGACAACCACGAAGAAUCUGUAGAAAAACCAUCCAGUCUGUUUGCCUUAGGUUUCCAAAAGAAAACCCAAUAUGGGAUUUUACCUGGUAUAAAUGUCAGCUGGACUCCACCUCAAUCAGCUACAGGGUUAAAGAAUACCAAAGGUUUUUUGUUGAGAUUGAUGAAACUGACUUUAGAUGAAAGCCCUUACUCUUUUUGUCGCCUGUUUAAGAUUACAGACAGAAGUUUAGAACCCAGUGAUAAAACGUUGGUAUUUAACUAUGAAAUCUUCCCUGCGCCCCCUCUUUCUGACUACAGUGUGUAUCUGUAUAGUUUACCUAGAUCUGGUGAAAACCUGGACAUGGCGAUGAUUACCUAUGUUUCAACUCUGGAUUACUUACCAGAUCCAGUCAAUGAAGACGACUUUAAUUCUUCAUCCAAGUGGUUCACGAGUAUCCAGUACAAAACAGACAAGCCAGAAACAGUGGAAGUUCAUUUCUCCUUCACCGAUAAGUUUCAGUUUAGUAAAUAUGAUGUGUUUUUGUGUAAAGAAGACAAUGUCGCUUGUGACGAACCUUAUAAAAAGGCCCUUGUUGAAAAGAACGUAUACAGCAGUGAACACGGAGAACAUAUUUUUACAGGUGUAGAACAGGGAUCAUACGUCAUUAAGGUUCAACCACUAGAUGAUUUUUUUAAGGACCGGUCGCGAUGUUUUUGUUUCACAAUAACAGACCAAGGAAGAGUAUGUGAUCCCUGCCAGACUUCUGAAACGUUACCAUUCAUCGUUAAACCUUCUAAUCAAGGGAAAACAACAACAAAUCAACGUAGAGAAGAGCUAGUAACCAAAGCAAACAAGGGUGUAAUUAGAGAGGGGCUAGUCACCAAAGCAAACACGGAUAUAAGAGAAGAGUCAGUAACCAAAGCAAACACGAAUAUAAUAAGAGAGGGCCUAGUAACCAAAGCAAACAGGGAUAUAAUAAAAGAGGGGCCAGUAACCAAAGCAAACAAGGAUAUAAUAAGAGAGGGGUCAGUAACCAAAGCAAACAAGGAUAUAAUAAGAGAGGGGUCAGUAACCAAACCAAACAAGGAUAUAAUAAGCAAGGGGUCAGUAACCAUGGCAACCACAGAUAAAUCAACCAAAUAUGCAGUACCGUGGUCAAAAGAAAUACCCGGAUACGACCAUAAAGACAGCGAGCUAAUGGCGAAAGAAAUACCCGGAAACGACUACAAAAACAGCGAGUUAAUGGCGAGAGAAACCAGUGAUGACCUGAACCAUUAUGCCAUUGUAAUGAUUGUUGUCGUUUUAGCAAUUGGGAUAGUACUGGUUAGUAUCACAGUAGCGUUUGUUAUCUGGAAAAAACGCGCCACUUCCGAUAACAACCACCAAGAUGAUUUGUUGAAAGACCAAGGUGGUAACUAUAAUUCCACAGGGGCUACCAGAGAUGAGCUGACGAAAAAGUCUAUCUUAAUAUUAAACGCUGAAGAUCAUCUACAUCAUGUAGAAUGUGUAAAACAAUUCGUUUUCUUUCUUCAAGAUGUCUGCCAUUGCUUGCCCAUUUAUCCGCCAUUUUGUCUGCCGGCAAUCAGUCAAUUACAUUUCAAGGACUGGAUGUUGAAGACUUUAGACCAGGUUGACUAUAUCUUGAUUGUUAACUCAGAAGCCGCAUUUAAAAUCAUGAAAGCUGAUUGUAGACAUGAAACUUAUAAAUAUCACGCCAUCACCUCAACUGGUCAUCUAUUCAAAGAUUUUAUGAAACAGGUCUUAAAAGAAUCCAAACAAACGGGAACCUGGGAAAGAUACAUCUACGUAUCUUUUGAGUAUACGUCAUCGUCAAAUUACCUACCAGGUAUACCAAACCUACAUUGCUAUAAAAUACCUCAAGAAACAUCAACUUUAGUAGAAUAUAUCCAUCGUCAAGCGACAAAUACUGAUCCAGGGUUAAACCCCCUCUUAACGAAACCUCUGGAUCAUUUCGAAGCAGGACGAAAUUUGAAAGAUGCCAUAAAUAAAGCAGCUAAGUAUCAGAGAAGUCACGCGAUUUGGUUCUCGGAACGAUUUGGGCAGCCUUAUGGUAGAAACUUUUUUCGGUACGAUUCCGGAUUCAGUUCGGUGACGGAGCAGGACUCGGAGCAAGAUAUCACACAUAUAACACAUACCCGAAGAACAAGUUCCAGUGAUGGUCGAGAUGAGCUUGGUUUUUAUCCCCCGGAAGAUUAUUGUGGACCGCUGGAAUCAGUGAAUAAUGUUGAUGGACAAUUGAGUAGUUUUAAUGGUGGGUCAUCAUCUGGACAAUCGGGUCAUGGAUGUGAAUCAUGGACUGGUCAUUCAAGUAAAUCAAUCACCAGGUUUUCUGGAAAUUCGGCCAAUGAUUCUGAUAAAUGCCAUGUUACAUUCAUUUCCGAGAAGAAGCUUGAAAAAUUUGACGAAUCCGAAGAAAUUGGACUUUUCCAGCCAGACGAAGAUGCAGACACAAGUCAUUGUAGCGAAUCAGAAAUAAAAUCCAUGCUGUUCAUUUCGCCGUCUGUAGCUGCCAACAUGGAUGAUGUGAGUUUGUCGAUCAGCGCCCAACUUCGCCAAAUCAACGAAAAUUACGAAAAGGAUGUACAUGAAUUACGUUAGAAAGUUGUUCAGUGCAGGAGAAAUAACAGUAUGUUCUAAUAUAAAUAUUUUAUAAAGUUCCCCAAUUCAUAUCUUCUAAAGCAAUAAUUUUAUGCCACAAUCUCUACUCUCAGUUCUAGACCUUGGCCAUAGUGGAAUGAAAAUCGUAUUCCGAAACAGCCAGAAGAAGACGGGUCGAACUACUGAACAUGAUUAAUCCUACAAGCAUGUUUUUUUUAUCGUCAGUCAUUCCAUGACAUAAGUUUAUCUAUAACCCUCCGCAAUAUGUUCGAUUUGUUUUUAGUGAAAACCACAGUUACUAUUUAAUGAACGUACUCACGAAUAACGACCUGUAGCCGAAUAAAAUGUUUGCGGGUCAAGAGAGAGAGAGAGAGAAAAAUGGGGUUUAACGUCCACUCGACACAAACUAGGUCCUUUCGGGACUAACACAUGGUUCAAUUUUAUUUCAAUCAUUCGCUUGCGCGUAGGGACCCGGAGGACCCGGAGAAAACCCACGAGGUUGGACAGGCGACCCUACUCCUUGUCACCUACAACCGGGAAAUCGAAACCCCGCCAGUUGACUCAAUGACAGACCGUACGAUACAGCGCGCGCGUGCUAACCAUUCGGCCAUCCAACCCCCCUUGCGGGUCAAAUUCACACCGGAUUGUGUAUAAUAGCCGUACCUACUGCUCAGGGUUGUAAUUGAUCUGGAUCUCGUGUCUGUUAAUAUGACAAUCUAAUUAAAACUGAAAUUAAGUAAAGUUUAACGUCCUACUAUUCUGUUCCGACUGGGUUAAUGAAGACGGGCAUACGCCAUGCAUUGUGCUAUUUUUAGGGGAAUUUUGCCCGGACAGCGGCACUAUGGCCUACUCUUGUAUCGAAUUCCAACUGCCAAAGGAUCUUUUACGUGCACGCCAUUGUAUACACGGGAACUCGGGUUUUUGUCCCAUCCGAACGACUAGACAGCUGUUUUUGUGAUUAUAUUAAUCACCGACCCUUUCUUACACUCACAAAUAUAAUUCUUUGGGUAUAGAUCUUCUCGUAAUAAAAGUUAUACGGUUGUAUAGGAAUAUUACACAUUUUAAUUUUCUUUCUUUCUUAAGGGAUGAACCACGGUGGCUCAGUGAAUAAGGCGCUGGCUCACCAACUAUUUGGCCCUGGGUUCGAUUCGAUGUUGGCCGAGAAAGCACUUUUUAUGCGUGGUUCACCCUUGUCAGUGGUGAAGGACGGGAGGGGGGAGGGGCUGUCAAGGAACAUCGUCUAGUCGUUCGGAUGGGACGAUUUAUUAGAUAUAUUUAAACAUUGACAUAUUUGUUGAAAUUAUCAGGAAGGCUGUUAUUAUGGAUGUUGCUCUUUUAAUCGUUGUAUGUUUUAAUAUUACACAUUUAAUUUUUUUAAAGUACGUUUUAAAAGCUUAAUAUAUGCAUUAUAUUGCCAUUAUGUUUUAUUUCAAAUUCAUUUAAAAAAAACAACAAACAAACAACACUUACAUUGCUUUUAUUUUAUCGUGUUUGUUUAUUAAUGUCUCUCUAAUGGUAUGUCCAUCGGUUUGUUCUUGUAAUCGUUUGAUGUUUUAAUAUUACAUAUUUCUUAAAGUACGUUUUAAAAGCUUACUAUGUAUUA